AUGGCCUUUCAUGUCUCAUGUCCAAUUACAUGCCGGAAAAUAUGCUACUGCAAAUUCGGUUUUCCUCCAGAUCAGACUGAGUUUGUCAAUGCAGCAGCCAGUGUUAAGGAGCUAUAUAACAAUCCGGAAUCGAUAUAUGGAAAACCUAAAACAGUUCAGAUAUUGGUGCCAAAAGUUGUUGUCGACAUUCCGGCGGUUGCAAAUGUGGUGGCGGUGGAUGGCGGAGGCGAUGUGGCGGCGGAGAGGAAGGCGGUGGCGGUUGUUGCGGACGGAUAUGAUCGGAAAUUUGGAUAUGUGGGAUUGACUAAAGACUGUGAGACAGAUAAGAAAGUCCUCUCAAAUGCCACAGUGAUGUGUCACCUCUGCUUUACGAGUGAAAAUCAAAGAAAUGUAAAAACCUGGAAGAUGCUAUCAUGCAAAAGCUGUAAUAAGAAAUAUCACAGAAGCUGUGUGAAGUCUUGGGCUCAAAAUAGAGAUCUUUUUCACUGGAGUUCUUGGUCUUGCCCUUCAUGUCGUUCAUGUGAGGUAUGUCGAAUAACUGGUGACCCAAACAAGCUUAUGUUUUGCAAAAGGUGUGAUGGAGCGUAUCACUGUUAUUGCCAACAGCCGGCACACAAGAACGUUAGUAGUGGACCUUAUCUUUGUCCUAAGCAUAGAAAGUGCCAUAGUUGUGCAUCUACAGUUCCAGGAAAUGGUUUAAGUGUCAGGUGGUUUUUAGGGUAUACUUGUUGUGAUGCUUGUGGGAGAUUAUUUGUUAAGGGAAAUUACUGUCCUGUUUGUCUGAAGGUCUAUAGAGACUCUGAAUCAACGCCCAUGGUGUGUUGUGAUGUCUGUCAGCGCUGGGUUCAUUGUCAUUGUGAUGGAAUUAGUGAUGAAAAAUAUAUGCAAUUUCAAGUAGAUAAUAACCUGCAGUACACAUGUGCCACAUGUCGUGGAGAUUGCUACCUGGUCAGAGAUCUUGAAGAUGCUGUCCAAGAAAUCUGGAAAAGGAAAGAUAAAGAGGAUCGAAAUUUGAUUGCUAGUCUGAGGGUGGCUGCUGGUUUACCAACUCAAAAAGAAUUAUAUUCUGUACAACGAUAUUCAGAUGAUGAUGAUGAUGAUGAUGAUGAUGAUGAUAGGGCAUUACUUGCAAAUGAGCAUGGGCAUUCAUUAAAGUUCUCUCUAAAAGGAGUGGCUAAUAAAUCUCCAAAUAAUAAAUCUGCAAGCAAAAAGUAUAGCAAGAAAAAGGGAUUCCAUACUUCAUCUUUUAGUAAAAAUGAACCACGAAUUAAAGGUCAAAGUGAUGCUCAAUUAACUGGAUAUAAGAACAAGGAUGACGGUGAAGCGUCUGAAAUUGCUGGAAUUUUGACCCGUGGGGUUUGGUCAAGCAAGGAGGUCAUCAAGACAGAUAGAAAUCUAAGAGACCAGAGGAACAACGAAGGUGGGAAAAAUACUGAUAAGUUAGUGCACACAAAGAGACCAAAGCUCGUAAUACACUUGGGUUCUAGAAACAAAGAUGUAGCAAACUUACGUUCUGAUCAAGAAUUGAUUACUUCUAAUGGAGAAAGUUUAAAUCAAACAAAAGGAUUAAAAUUAAAAGGAAAAGAUGGAAACACCAUCAAGAUCAGAAAGUUGAAUCCAGAAAACUCAAAUGGAAAUCUGCGUGUUUCAUUUAGUAAAUUUGGAGGUGAAAAGAUAUCUGAUGGUGUAGAUGAUGCUCGUAAAGAGAGGGAACCUAAGCCAUUGUUGAAACUGAAGCUCAAGAAGCCUUAUUCUGAAAACCAGGCCUCUUGGGCCCCAUCUGGGGAAGAUAAUAAGAGUUCAGUCAAGGUUCGAAAGUCAAAGAGAAAGCGGGCGUCACCUUUACCGUCUUCUGAUGAAAGGGUGGAUUACUCUUACAAAGGCAUAGAUGAGAUCAUUGAUGCAAAUUGGGUAAUUCAGAAAUUGGGAAAAGAUGCAAUUGGAAAAAAAGUGGAACUUCAUGGACGGUCCAAUAAUACCUGGCACAAAGGUACUGUGGUUGAAGUGUUUGAAGGGACGUCUAUUGUGUCUAUUAACUUAGAUGAUGGGAAGACGACUAAUGUAGACCUAGAGAAAGAAAGGAUUUGGUUUUACUCACAGAAGCAAAGGCAAUGAGGUAAAAAUUUGAUGACCAUGCUGAUUAUGUAUAAUUAACUUAACAUAGAUGUCUAGAGAGAUUGCUGGAAAGUCUGAAGAAAAAUUCAUUUGAGGUGGAGCAUUUCCAUCUCUCACGUAGGUGUUUUUUCGGUUUUAUAGUGUAACUAUAUUGUACUCCAGAUGAUUCCAGCCAUUAGUCUAGUUUGAGAAUUAAGAGUAAAUGAUAUUUCAGUUUUGUAGACUACAAAAAUGCUGCUCUUAGCUAUAUAAUAGUACCUUUUGUAGAUA